AUGGCAGCUGCGGUCCCAGUCAUAAUCGGUGUUGCCGACGUCAUCAAUCGUUCAGCAAGGAUUGAGGAUGCGAAGGAACCGGCAGACCUGAUGCACCAAGCUAUUUUAGAUGCGCUUAAAGAUACCAACUCGUCGAAACCCGAACUAUUGAAGUCGAGCAUUGAUAGCAUUGACGCGGUUAAUACUUGGACAUGGCCUUAUCCCGACCUUCCGGGGCUUUUAGCAGAGAAGCUGGGCAUAAAUCCGACUCAUAAACAUACCAGUAUCCACGGCGGGAACCAGCCUGGCUUUCUGUUCGAUGAGGCCGCAAGGCGGAUAUCUAAAGGGCAGACGAGGGUAGCUGUUUUAACCGGCGGUGAAGCGCUCGCUUCUUUGGGAGCGUGCGCCGCGGCUGGGAAACUGCCACCCCCAGGCUGGUCGCCAUCUGCUUCAGAAAUAUCGGGAGUUCCAUCUCCUACAACGAGGGACUUAGGGAGCGAUCUUGGAGGCCUACACGACAUCGGUGCUCCCAUUCAUAUCUAUCCUCUGUAUGAGAAUGGAUAUCGUGCCCAUCGAAAGCAAUCUAUUAGCGAUAAUCACAAAGAAUCUUCCAAAAUAUAUGCAGAGCUGGCUAAAAUUGCAGAAAAAAACCCAUAUGCUUGGAACUUCGGCAAAAGAGUUAGCGAGGAAACAAUCGGGACCGUAGGGGGGAAAAACAGAAUGAUCUGUUUCCCGUAUCCCUUGUUAAUGAAUGCAUUCAAUAGUGUUAACCUGGCUGGAGCUGUAAUCCUUACUUCAACGCAGCUUGCAGAAGAGCUUGGUAUACCUAAAAGCAAGUGGAUAUAUGCUCUUGGCGGAGCUGGCACUCAGGAUAGCACUUACUUCUGGCUGAGACCAAAUUUUUACAGCUCUCCAGCAAUAACACAAUCUCUUGAUGCUGCAUUGCGAUUACGUUCUGGGAAGGGUUCAACUGCGCUAGUGCUUGCAAAUGGAGGCUCUGCUACGUAUGAGCAUGUCAUAUGUAUCUCCUCGCAGCCAAGACCAACAGGGUCGCCAUAUCCGGCUUCUGCACCGCUUCCAGAAUUUACCGAAGUCUCUGGACCACCUGUAGAUGAAACUCCUGAAGGAGAAGCCGUAAUUGAGACGUAUACCGUCUCAUUUCAUCGCUCUGGCAAGCCAGAGUUGGCAUACAUCGUAGGAAGGCUGAAGAAAAAUGAUUAUCGUUUUGUUUCGAAUCAUGCGGAUGAGCAAACGCUAAAGCAGCUUUGUAGCACAACUGAAGAGCCCAUUGGGAAAACUGGAUGGGUUUUCUGUGACAAGGUUGGUGAAAAGGGCACAGCGGGAAGAUGCUAUUUCACCUUGGAGAAAAAAGAUACGUCAAAGCUGUAG